AUGGAGGCUUGUUAUAUCCCUCAAGGAAGAUCAAAGCGGUUUGCUCAACAAGUUUCAUAUCUUCAUCAUUUUCGGGCUGAUGUGUUUAUAGAAGUAAUUGAUUUACUACUUCAAGAACUUGACAACCGAUUUGAUGAGGUGAAUAUGGAGUUGCUCAUAUGCAUGGCUUCAUUAUAUCCUAAAGAUGGCUUCUCUUCUUAUGACAAGGAAAAGGUACUCAAACUUGCAACUUUUUAUCCCUCCGAAUUUUCAAGCAUUGAUUUGUUAACUCUUGAAUGUCAACUUGCCAUAUUCAUGGAAGAUAUGAGAAGAGAUAAUGAGUUUCAAAAUUUGGAUGAUAUUAGUUCUCUUUCGAUGAAGCUUGUUGAAACAAAGAGACAUAUGACUUAUCCUCUAGUGUUUUUGCUAAUUAAGUUGAUAUUAAUUCUUCCGGUUGCCACUGCAAGUGUGGAGAGAGUGUUUUCUGGAAUGACUUAUGUCAAGAAUAAGUUGCGAAAUAGCAUGGGGGAUCAAGUAUUAAAUGAUUGUUUGGUCACUUUCAUUGAGAAAUAUAUGUUUCUACAAGUUUCCGAUGAUGAGGUCGUCAAACGUUUUGAAGAAAUGAAGACUCGUCGGAAGAUAAACUAG